CUGUUGGAUAUUUAACCAGUACAGACAGAUGACAGCUCCUUUAAAGCUUCCUGUGAAUGAUCAGGAUGGUAUCGAGCUUGAGAAAAUAGAGGACCAUGUGUCUGAUGGCAGCAUCCCCAGGCCUGUGAUGGACAAACCACCUAGAAAGAUGACGGGCAAGUUGGCAAGUGAGGUAUGCAGACUGAGCACCAUCUCAGAGCAAGAACCAAACACCAAUCCCAGUUCCCAUGAUCCCAUGGGUGACAGUGAAGUGGGUGGAUCCAGCUUCUCCCUGUGUUCUGACAAGUUUAAGAACAGCAGCAGUCGUUUUUCCUCUGAUGAUUCAUACCAGCCUAGCAGUGGAGAUGACUGUGCAACACUUCUCCUCGCCUGUCUGCAUUGUCGUUUCCAUGAGUUUAUGGUCCUCCUACCGGAUACGUGUGAGAGGGCUGUGAGUCGCUGUUUUCCCUCAUACAAAUAUAUCGCAGCGUCCAGUGAGAGAGACCAGCGGGGAAAGGACUGCUGCAACUACCACCUGGAACUGGACUGUAACUGCUGUGGCUCCUGUCAGGACGCAGGAGAACUUAUAGAGCUGGCCAUGGAGAUAUCAGAGUCCAUAAAGCAUGACAGAGUGGGUGAAGACAUUUAGGAAGCCGGGGAUCUGGGAGCAUGCUUUCAAAUAACAAAUCCAGCCAUUCACAACAAACUGAGUUUAAUCUGGUCCAAGUGAAAGGAACAUGGAUUCAACAAACUGUGUCAGAUGGCAGAGGGGACGUUAUCAGAUGCUAAAAUAAGGUGUUGCCAGCGUUGCUUGGUGGUGUAUAUUGUCCACCAGAGGGGACUGCUGACUGCAGAUAGGGACCGCAGCAUCUACUGCAUGCUGAGACUGGAGCUGCCUGUGUGGCACCAGAACUGGUGCAGAAAUCCCUGAAGGAGCGUCGCAAGAACUCUGCUGGCCCCUCAGAGGAUUCCUCUACCCACAGGACUGGAAGGUGCAAG